UCCAAAUAUUUAUUUCCUCUUAUUUCCAUUCGGCAUUAUUAUAUAUCAUAAUCUGCAGCUAAAAUGGAGAGGACCCAUCAGUUCCUCUUAUUUUACGUUGUGGUGAUCUCCUGUUCUACGUUUUUUACACAUUCCUUGAAUUCCUCCACUACCACUUUCUCUUGUCUUCCUCAGCAAGCCUCUGUUUUACUCCAAUUAAAACAAGAGUUCACUCUAAAGGAGCCCGAAAUGUUUUAUACAGAACGCAGCUUGAAUCCAAAUCUCACCAUGGAUCCACAUUUCAACUGGAAUCCAUAUCUCAACUUGGAUCCGUAUCUCAGCUUGCCUCCAUAUAUCAGCUGGCAUAGAAAACAUCCGCAGAUGAGUGAUUGGAAGGCUGGUAGCGAUUGCUGUUUGUGGGAGGGAGUGAAAUGCAAUAUGGCAACAGGUCAUGUUGUUAGCCUAGACCUCAGCGGCGGCUGGCUUCAUGGGCCUUUGAGUUCUAACAGCAGCCUUUUCAGGUUGCUUCAUCUCCAAUACCUCGACCUUGCCUACAACGACUUCGCCUCGAGUCCUAUCCCAUCUGCAUUGGGCAAACUUUCCAGGUUAACCCAUCUCAACCUCUCUUCCUCUGAAUUUUCUGGGCAGAUUCCAUCUGAAAUCUCCAUGCUCACAAAUCUUAUGUCCCUUGAUCUUUCUUAUACAUAUGGGCGUGGUUUGUAUGUAAGAGAAGGGGAACUAGGAAGGCUUAUCAAGAACAUGACAAAUUUAAGACUCCUUAACCUGGACCAAGUGGAUCUUUCUUCUUCACUAGUGCCUCCUCAAUCCAUGGCAAACCUCUCUUUCUUGACACAUCUCUCUUUUCGAGAUUGCGCAUUGUAUGGCGAGUUUCCAAAGAAUAUCUUUCGGAUGCCAAAUAUACAAUUCGUUGAUCUGUCACUGAACGUUGAUCUUACAGGUUCUCUUCCGGAAUUUAAUUCUAGCAGUAACCUAAAGUGGUUGAUUAUCUCCACAACCCAAUUCUCAGGGAAAUUGCCCGAUUCAAUUGGCAACCUCAAGUCCUUGAAUGUUUUAAAUCUCUCUAGAUCUUUAUUUUCAGGGACAGUUCCUUCUUCCUUUUCGAACCUUUCUAAACUCGUAGAUGUCGACUUGUCAUCCAAUUUUUUCAAAGGGCAGUUUCCAUCUACUCUAGGGAACCUUCCAAAACUCACUUCACUUCGUCUUGAUGAUAAUGAAUUUGGUGGUGAAUUACCUUCUUCCAUUAAAAACCUCCCACAGCUGCAAUAUUUAAACCUUGGAAAGAAUAAUUUCGGUGGUCAAAUUUCAACUUCAUUGGGAAAUUUGACCCAGCUAACCUAUUUGAAUAUUUCACAAAAUUCUUUCCACGGCAAAUUCCCAAAUCCAGUGUCAUUCCCAAAUCGUAUUGAAUAUAUCGAUUUUGGAUACAACAAUUUGACAGGUUCGAUCCCAUCAUACAAUCUUAACUUGUCCUUCCUUUCUUACCUUGAUCUGUCAAACAAUUUAUUUACUGGAGUCAUUCCUUGGUCUUUAUUUGCAAUGCCUUCUUUGACAUCCCUACGUCUGGAUCACAAUCAGUUCACAGACUUGAACAUCUCUAAUUCAUCCUUAUUAGACACUCUGUCUUUAAGUGGAAACAAAUUCAAUGGACACAUUCCAAGUUCCAUAUCCAAAUUCAAAAAGCUGAGUGAACUUAGGCUUGAUUCAAAUAAUUUAAGUGGCAAUGUUGAUUUUGGCAUUUUCUCAGAACUGAGCAACCUUCGGAUUCUUAAUCUUUCAUUUAACAGCCGCUUAUCUGUAGCAAAUACGAGCAUGGAUUCCACUAUUAUUCCCCAGUUUCAUGAGCUGUAUUUAUCCUCAUGCAACUUGAGUGUGUUUCCAGAAUUCUUGAAAGCACAAGAUGAAUUAGAGUGCUUGGAUCUUUCCAGCAAUAGGAUUGGCGGUCCAAUGCCUAAAUGGUUCUUUGGCAUAGGCACAAAGAGCUUGAGACGUCUCAAUCUUUCUCACAACUUCAUUAGCGGCUGGGAAGAAGCCCAAUUAUUGUUUUUCUCAUGGAAGGCAAUUGAAAUUCUAGAUCUGCGUUCCAAUAAGUUUCAAGGACCACUUGUCGUUCCACCAAUGUCCAUCCGGGUCUUCUUAAUCUCAAAUAAUAACUUGGUUGGAGGAAUUGAUCCGCUGUUUUGUAAACUAAAGAAUCUUCAAGUGCUCGAUGCAUCAAAGAAUCAUCUGAGUGGCACCAUUCCUCAAUGUUCGGAUAAACUUGGUAUUUUAAUUCUCAAGCUUGCAAAUAACAAUUUCCACGGCAAUAUACCUCGGCUAUGCAGCGGUGAAAGCCAAGAUUUAGAAACAUUGGAUUUGAGUUACAAUCAACUAUAUGGGAAGAUUCCACGAUCUCUAAUCAAAUGCAAGAAGUUGAGUGUUUUAAAGCUUGGCCACAACAAGUUAAAUGACACAUUUCCUUUUUGGCUACAGGAUUUGACCCAGCUCCAAGUUCUCAUAUUAUGCUGUAAUAAACUUCAUGGUUCCAUAUGGCAUUCUCGUAACUUUUCUCAAUUUGUGAUGUUGCGUACCAUUGAUCUUUCUCAUAAUGAUUUUACUGGAAAGAUUCCAUCCGAAUAUUUUAGGAAUUGGACGUCCAUGAUUGCUAAAGUUUCCCAGAAACAUGAUGACUUGGCAGUCACCAUCAAAGUCAUUUGGAGGGUCGAGCGGCCGAUAGCUGAAUAUGAGAAGAACUCCGUGAACAUGACGAAUAAGGGACAAGAAAUGGAAUUUGUCGAUACUCUACCUCUCUUCAUAUCCAUGGAUCUCUCUGAUAAUAAAUUUUAUGGAGAAAUUCCUAGUACAUUAUGGGAUCUUAAAUCUCUCGUUAUGCUCAAUUUGUCAAGAAACAGUUUUACUGGACGCAUCCCCCCUUCGUUAGGGAAUUUGAAGGAGCUUCAGUCAUUGGACCUCUCUAAUAAUAUGCUUUACGGUAAAAUCCCUCAAGAAUUGGAAAUCCUCACUUUCCUUUCAUUUUUAAACUUGUCCCAUAAUAGACUUGAGGGUGCAAUACCCCAAGGGGGACAAGUUACCACAUUUGGAACUUCUUCUUUUGAAGGAAACUUAGGAUUAUGUGGCUUGCCAUUGUCAACAAAAUGUACCCCUACUCCUCCAUCAACACCUACUAAUAAUGAUCAUGACUUUCAGAAAUCAGAUUCAAUAUUUGAUUUUGGUUGGAAGGUUGUAGCGGUGGGAUAUGGAUGUGGACUACUAGUUGGAUUCAUGGUUGGACAUGUGAUCACCUCAAGGAGGCCAAAUUUGAUUUCCAAAAUGUUUCGCGUUAGACUACAAACGAGGCGGCUGAGAUGAAUUGGAGCAUAGUUGAAGACUACAGAGGAGGCGGUUGAGAUGAAUUGGAGCAUUGUUGAAGGGACUUGAAGAAGGCAACUGAAGUUUCCCAUACGACAUCGUCCUAUUUGAACUUUGUUACCAUUGGGAUGACAGGGCUCUUUUGAAUUUGGUCUUUAUUUGCUAUUUUCCUUUUAAAGAAUGGCCCAUGUGGCUUAGUAGUGUCCAUGUGUUGUUGACGUAGCUAUGGAGUCAGGAUUUCUGCCCUGAGUGCUACAGUGGAUGUUGUUUUGGUAAGUUGUAUGUAUAUGGUCUUGUUGCUUUGGGCUGAAGGCAGAAGUUUUGGCUGCCUUUGUUGUUUCUUUUAUGAGCUUUUAAGCUCGUUUGAUGGAAUGGAAGCGUCAGCCUAGCCUCAGAAUCUUUCCCUGAGAUUGGGUUGUGAAUGAUUUUGUUCAAUUUUGUUCAUUAUUUUCUUUUUUAUUUUUAUUUUUUUAGGUGAAUGAUCAUAUUUAGCUAAUUUUCAAAAAGAAAAUAAAAUUAUAAAGACAAAUUGAAAAUCAUCUCAAAUAAUUUUUUAAAUUAGGCACGUCUUUUUUUUUUUUUUCCUUUUCUUUUUUAAGGUGGAAGAUCAGUUUUAGCUAAUUUUCAAAAAGCAAAUAAAAUUACCAAGACAAAUUGAAAAUCAUCUCAAAUAAUUUUUAAAAUUAGGCACGCCUAUU